AUGCGUCGGAUAGCCUCUGUAUUUGGCUCAAGGCGUUCAGACAAGCAGGAUGCAGCACCCACCACCCCCAGCAUCGAGCACAGCGAUCUCUCAAGGGACAGCACGAUCAAGAAAAAGCCCGGGGUUCUCAAUUCGCUCUCUCGGAAAGCACUCCAUCCAACAAUGCCCCAGCUCUUGCCCAGCAUCCCUGCGAAUUCCUCCUCUUCCUCAGCAUCCAGCGGUUCAACCGCCCUGCGCACACCGGAGGACGAGCCUCUCUCACGCUCUCUUAGCAAGAAAAAUUGGAAAUCAUGGAUGGGCGGCAAGAAACCUGCCGGCAUGAAUGGUCUACGCAACGAAUGGGACCCGAAACUCGACUGGGAGCCGUUGCCAGCUGCGAAUUUGUUUUCUGCACCACAGAUCGAUCGCAGUGACACUGAGCUUGGCGAUACCUCAUCGCAGUCUGAAGAGUCUGACCGUCAUGUUACCACUCAAUCUUCACUCCGGACGAUCACUCCCCUCAUCAUCGCCCAGGCUCGCUCAAAUCUUCGAACUCUCAUCACAAACAGUUUUCAGCUCAUGCCAUCAUCACCCCCCUUACUCCAGCGUUCAGACCACUUCAUUUCUCCUCGUUCAUGCAAUAUAUCUCGUCUGUUGCCAGUACAAGAAACGAUGGAGUCCAAAAUGCACAAGGAGAACCUGUUGCACCGCCUCGACCGUCUCACUCGCUCCGAGGAACUCUCGAUACUGCCCCUCGGCCUAAGGUCUAAUAUAGCCCCUAAGAAGCCCAUAUCUUCCGAUAACGAUAUAGACAGAUUCCCGCCAAAAAACAAGUUGCUUACCCAUAGUCCAGGGCUAAAUACGUGGUCUUCUCGUCGUUGUUACGAGGACAGAGUGCUUGUAUGGACUCGUGAAGAGGAGUCAGGCGACGUCUACUGUACGCGCGUGACUGGUUCCGAAUUCGGAGUCGCCGCAAUCGAGUUCUCUGAAAGCUUAGAGCUUCUAGCUGGGUUAGUACCUGAGGGCCAUGAUGAGGAAUUUGUGCCCCCGAUAUCAUCAGCAUCAAAUUCUGUUCCAGCAUCUGGCUCUAUUCAGGUAACGCGCACACCUGAUGCGGCCAAGUUGACGCCUUCUCCAGCUCGUGUUAUAAAGAGCCCGACGCCACUGGAGCGCCAGACACCUGUAGACGCUUCUGUUGCAGCAAUUGCAGCACCUGCUAAAAGGGGUGUUCGGUUUGCUGAAGACGACAAGGAUGAUCAGAUUCCUCUCGGUUAUGUUCUACGCAUAAAAAAGAAGCGAGAAGAAAAGGCCAAGUUCCUUCGCGAAGAACGCGAACGGAGAAUUCACGAGGAGGAAAAGCGCAGACAAGAAGAGGAUCGGCAGAAGCGGGAAGCCGAGAGGAGAGAAUGGGAAAAGGAGCGUAAAGCAUGGGAAAGGGAAAAGAAGAUGAUUGAGGAGGAACGACAGAAUAGGGCGUACGCUGAGGAGGUCCAAGCUGCAAGAGCAAGGCGCGAGGCCUCUCGAGCUGGUCAAUCUUUUGUCCCACCCUCGCCGGCCCGGCAACCAGAGCGUUCAGUAGUUCGUCAGCCCUCGUACUCUCGUCCGCAAUACGGCAGAUCUUCGUCGCAGCGACAGCAUGUCCCCGAGCUUGUGCUUUCAAGCCCAAAUCCUUCUCCGAAUGAUGGUUCUCCUGUCAGCUCUCGACCGCCAAGCAUCACUGGAGCCUUACCUGCCACUCCUGUCAGUCAGCGUGGUUUCUCAAGGCCACCAUCCGUGUAUUCGGCCCAUACCUUAUCGUCCUCGGAGGAUGUUCGGGCUCGUGAUGGUCGUCGUGUUAGUAAGCGCAAUUCCAUGAUCGGUGAUUUCACCAAGCAGCCGCUCUCUCCUCAUAUGCAGCCGAAUUUCCUUCCUUAUCCAUCUCAAUGGGGUAGCAUCCCUCCAGUUCCUGUACUUCCUUCUAUGCCAUUUUAUGCUGUGGAUAUGCCUCUCCUUCCCCCAUCUCCUCCUUUCAUGAUGCAGCAAUAUGGCCGUCCACGCUCCUACAAUAAUUCCUCACAAGGUCAACUCUCGCAGUCAUCGCCUCGGCAAAGUACAGCCAGUUUACCCAGGAAUAAUAGCGUAGAAAGGAUGAGUAACCGUAGUUCUCCGUCCAGCCCUCAUACAAGUCUUCCACACCACCAACGCCGCUCUAGUGAUGAGGCAGUGACAAGGACAGUGACUCAGAAGCCUUCGAUUGAUAGGAGAUUAGGCAGUCAACCCGACCUUCGGGAUAAGAGGUCAUCCACAUUACUGUCGUCACCUGGCGCUUACCCCGCCAGCGGCUUGCGGCAAGCAUAUAGGCCACCUCCCGUUUCCAUGCCCAUGCACGCUGUUCCCACUGGUGCAGGUGCAAGGCCCACAUUGACUAUGCAGAGGAGACAAAGUGUGAUCUCAUGA